AUGGCACCAAAGAAAGCCACUCCCAUUUUUGUUAACAAGGAAGAUGGUAAUUUCAGAGAGGCUUUGAAAUUGUACGACCAGAAGCAGUACAAAAAAGCCUUGAAACUUGUGGAUGCAAAUUUGAAAAAAAAUUCGAAUCAUGCUGAGUCACUAGCAUUGAAAGGGUGUAUUUUCUACUUUACCGGAAAUAAAGAUGAAGCCGCAACGUACAUAAAGAAGGCUGCCGAUAAGGAUUCCUCAAAUUACCUCGUUGACCACUUGGUGGGAUUAUACUAUCGUGCAUUGGAAGACUAUGUUGAAGCUGCAAAGUGGUUCAAAGCGGCGAUGGAUAAUGGGUCACCCAACAAACCUAUAUUGCGUGACUUGUCUUUUAUGCAAGUACAGAAUCGAGAUUUCAAGCCCUUGACAGAUUGCAGACAGCAGUACUUGGAGCAUGCCCCUGGAUACAGGGCCAAUUGGACUGGUCUUGCCAUUGCCCAGCAUUUGAACAAAGAUUACUCGGGAGCUGUGGCCACUCUCACCAAAAUAGAGGGAAUCAUCAAGGAUCACUUAACAGCAAAUGACAUGUACGAGCACGGCGAGGCAAUCUUGUACAAAAAUCAGAUAAUCUCUGAUUCCGGGAACGUCAGCAAAGCUUUGGAAGUUUUAGAGCAAGAUAUAGAUAACAUUAAAGACCAUUUGUCGUACUUGGAGUACAAGGCAAAGUAUCUACUUUUAUUAGAUCGCAAAAAGGAAGCGUCAUUGGUUUACCGGGAGUUGUUGAAGACUAACCCUGAUAAUAUGCAAUACUACAUCAUGUUGGAGUUGGCAUUGGAGACUAAUACCAAGGACCCAGAGUCGAGAGUUAAAUUGUAUGAAAAGUUGGCCACAUUUUAUCCUAAAUCCGAUCCACCAAAGUAUUUGCCGUUGACGUUUUUGCCUGCCGAGUCUCUGUUGUUCGAGCAAAAGUGCAAAGAUUACAUUAUCCCUCAACUUUUGCGCGGGGUUCCAGCUACAUUUGUAAAUGUGAAACCUUUAUAUGGAUAUGAGGGAAAACUAGAGAUUAUUGAGAGGAUUGUUACUGAGUUUCUCAAGGAGGAAGCUCCAAAAAAUCCAAACCCAACUGUAACAGUGUGGACCUACUUUUAUCUAGCUCAGCAUUUCUUGUACAAAGAGGAUUUGGAUACUGCUUUGAGCUAUAUUGACCUAGCAGUUGAGCAUUCACCCACGCUAGUCGAGUUAUACAUCAUCAAAGCGCGUAUUUUGAAGCACAAGGGCCUUUUUGAAGAGGCUUCCAAUGUCAUGAAUAGUGGAAGAGAGCUAGAUUUGCAGGACCGUUUUAUCAAUUCCAAAGCCACCAAGUACUUGCUUCGUGCUAACAUGGUUGAUGAAGCGAUUGACUGCAUAUCAUUAUUCACAAAGCUCGAUGAAGAGGCUGUUAAUGGGUGCAAAGAUUUGCACUUGAUGCAGGUCAAUUGGGUUUUGGUUGAAAGUGCCGAAGCCUACACGAGAAUGUAUCAUGAGCAAGGGGCUAAACUCAAACAGUCGGACCUAGACAAGGAGAGUGAAGAAUAUGCCACUUUAGUGGAAAACGUUGCCAUGUACAGAGGGUUGGCUUUGAAAAGAUUUCAAGCAAUUGUGAAAAUUUUCAAAACAUUCUACAACGACCAGUAUGAUUUCCACUCUUAUUGUUUAAGGCGAGGAACUCCUCGUGAUUACAUCGACAUGUUGAGAUGGGAAGACAAAAUCCAUGCCACACCAGUAUACAUACGCGCAUUAAAGGGGUUGUCUGAUCUCUACUUUGAACUUUAUGAGGAACAACAGAACGAGUCAUCAGAAGAGUCUGAUGAUGGAGUUAAGAUAAAGAGGAACGGAAAGAAGCCAAAAAAAGCCAAGUCAAACAAGAAAAAGCUGGACCAAGCAGCUAAAGUCGAAAGUGAAAAAGACGACCAAGAUCCUUUUGGAUUAACACUUCUUCUGGAUUUGAAGCAAUCAGAUUAUAUUGAACAAUUGUCUCAAUUAGUUGAGCCUUUAGCAACUGAAGCGCCAAGAGUGAGAACAACCUGGGAACUUCUUUUCAAGAUUUAUACCAUUCAAGGUAAGUACGUGUUGGCAUUGCAAGCACUUAAGAGCUUGGAUAAAAUUUUGAAUAGGGAUAGCGAUAAAAAGCUAAAGGAAAUCGGAGACAAGGUUAUUGAAUUGUCUGAAGUUAGCAAAAAGGACACUAAGGCCAAUCAAGCUAUUGUUAAAGUGGUGGAAAAGGGUUUGUAUGCUGCCUUCCCUGAUUUCGAAAAUUUAUCAGUAGAAGAGUUCUCAAAGGUGUAUAGUGAAUAG